GUGAGCUGCAUUUCAAGAAGGGUUUACAAUCAAAGGGAAUUUAAGAGCUUGCGCAAUAGAAUGUUUUCUAGUAUGUUUUGCUAUCGCUCAACAGUCGCUGCAGUAGUCUUUACAAUCGUGUAUUCAUUUUUUCUGUCUUUAAAAUUUAACGAAUGAUAACAGAUUAUUUAUUUAUUAACAGACACGGAUUAAAACGAUAGAAUUGGAACUAUUAUUACAUAAACGUUUGGUGCUGUUUUUUAUUAUAAAAAUUGACAUAAAAUGGAUAAAAAGACGCGAAGUGCGUUGAAAACUAAGCAUGGUGGCGGCCUUGAUAUUUGCUAAUCGUUGAUGCGAUGACGAAGUUGCAUGGCUCGAUAACCCUACCAAAGUUGACACAUUUGUCGACAGAAAAAAUAGUGAUUUCAAAAUUAAUAAAUGUGAAAGAGACGAGGUCAAUUAUAGAUAUCAAUAUAAAAUUUGCAUUUAAAGGUAAGAUUGAAUGUAAUUAGGCCUUUAGUGUUGAUGAUAGCGGUAUUAUCUAUAAAAAGCUAUUUGAAAAGUCAAUAGUGCCAUUACCGUAAACAAGUAGACUGGGUUAAUAUUAAGGAAAAUAUUAUUUCGCAAUGCCACGUUGUCUUAUGGCGAAGAAAUGGAAGGCCUAUCCAUGGCCUGAUAGACAAGAUGAUGACGAGGAAACAGAAAUAUGUAAUGUUGAAACCGUCCAGGAAAAACGGAAGAUGGCCGUGGAGAUGGAAGAUGAAGAGAUUGAUGUGGUAGGUGACAGUACAAGUGAACGUAAUAGGGCAAAUCAGCAGACGUGUUGGGGUCCUCAUAGUCCUACUGCUGGUACAACCGCUCCAAGUCCACCGCCACUAAAUGCUUCAGGAGCACUCUACUAUAAUGGUUAUAAUCAUGAAACUUGGUUAAAUCACGAUGAACCACCUAAGUAUGCGACGUUACGAUCGGCAGCAGAACUGGCUGAACCAACUUCAGAGUCUUCAUCUGAAUAUUAUGAUCAGCAACAGCAAUCUACCAGUCCUUUGUCGCCACUGCAAAAUGUAUCCCGUCUUCUAUCCCGUACGAAAAGUUUAUCAAUGUGUUUCACCAGUACUGGAGCUGCGCUCUCCCUUCCACCUAAAAAAAAGGAUAUCUACCGUCCUUACAGCUUGCAAACGAAUAUGGAGGUUCUACGAACUUCUCCUGAAGAGGAGCUAUCAGCUGCACAAGCAAUUUUGGAUUUGAGUGCAUCACCAAUAACAGCAAGUAAUUCAGUAUUUUUACAUAGUUUCUCACUGCCACCGGCAUCUUCUAAUUCAUCAAUCCAAUCGAAUACGUCACCUUCUGAACCAACACCAAUUCCAGUUUCCGUACAAUUACCCGUCCCACCACAUAAUGUUUCCAAUAAACAAGAUCGCAAUUCAGAUUCUCUACCUUCUGAUAACGAUAAACUAUAUCCAAAUAAUAUUGUUAAUAACAACAAUUUGAGGAAUAAUAAAACUGUUGCUUAUACAUAUGAAGCUUUUUUCGUAUCAGAUGGAAGAUCUAAACGGCGUUCCAGUAGUGUGACAGUACCAGAAAAAGAAACGAUUCAAUCAGAUAAACCUAAGUUUACUUGCACAGAAUGUGGUAAGCAAUAUGCUACAUCGUCUAAUCUCUCCCGACAUAAGCAAACACAUCGAAGUCUUGAUUCUCAAUCAGCGAAGAAAUGUAUUCAUUGUGGCAAAGCUUAUGUGAGCAUGCCUGCCUUAGCAAUGCAUGUUCUCACUCAUAAGCUUACUCAUAGCUGUGGUAUUUGUGGUAAAAUGUUUUCUAGACCAUGGUUACUUCAAGGACAUCUUCGAAGUCAUACCGGUGAAAAACCAUAUGGAUGUGCUCACUGUGGUAAAGCGUUUGCAGACAGAUCGAAUCUUCGCGCACAUAUGCAAACUCACUCAUCAGAUAAAAACUAUGAGUGUUCCAGAUGUCAUAAGACGUUUGCAUUAAAAUCAUAUUUAAAUAAACACUCAGAGUCGGCUUGCUUAAGAGAUGAAGAAAUGCAUGUAUACUCAUCAGAUCAAAUUCUUUGUGAUGAAGAACGAUCUCCACAACUAAACCGAGGAUUAUAACAAUAUGAAGAAAAAACAACUGUUACCACUCAUCGAUCUCAAUUAGAGGCUGAAAAGCUUUGACUGCUGCUGAAUAUUUCGUAGAAUCUAGUUUUGAGAAAAUACUGUUUUAUCAAAUGUGUAAGCAUUUGAGCUAAGAUUACAAUUAAUUUUAACGAACGUUUAGUAUUUUAGAAAAAAAGCAUUAAUACGCCUGAUAAUCUAAGUAAAUUUUGAUCGGUGCCUGCUUGGGAAAAUUGUAACUAUAGAUUAAGUAGUAAAGUGCCAGUUUGCAAAAAGUGAACGUUUGUAAAUCCAAACAAUUUAGGAAAUGCUAAAUUCGAAUAUUAUUUCUAGCUCCAAAAUUUUUGUUUAACAGAAUGCAGCACUCUUAUGUAUAUACAAAAAUUGGCUGGAAUGUGGAGAUAAUAUAAAGAAACAUUUCAAAAAUUGAUAGAUUCAAUGUUAGAAUCGAAUCUCAUAAAAUUAAAACCAAUUUAUUUGAUACUCCAAUUAAAGAGACUAAUCACGUUGAAUACUUAUUCGUUUAGAAUAAUAGUUUCCUGUAACUACGUCCAUAAAUUUUAAUAAUAGUGACAACAAGAAAAUAUGUUUAAUUUAAUGUCUAGCAAAAUUUAAAGAUCAGUAUUUACGUUAUUAGUAUACGAAUCAGUAAAACAAAAAGGAAAAACUACCAUUUUAUAAUUUGUUAAAACGCUAAUAUAAUACUGCAUCGAUUAUUCAUAAAAUAAAAAUAUUUACUCAAAUGUUGGUAAAAUAUUAUCAUUAUUUAAUCAGAAUAAUUGAUUGAUUUUGAGAAUAUUAUUAAUAGAACAAAAAUGGAUAAUUUUAAAUAUACUUUGGAUUUAACACUGUUAACCGAUAAUAGAAUUUAAACGAAAUAAUUUUUGUGAUUGGGCAUGAAAUUGAGUUAAAAUUCAAAUUUAUAAGAUCUAACGAACGAAAUAGAAAACGAUGCUUUAAAAUACAUAUACAAUAUAUCCAAUCUUAUGGUUUAUACUAGAAGUAUGAGUGAAUAAUUAAGAAUUUUGUGCCUGAUGGUGAUCUAUAAUAUUUAAAAAAGAAAAAAAAAGAAAUAGUUUUAAAAAAUAAAAUUAGAUAGAAAGUGCCAGAGUAAGUGAUUAACGGUAAUUAACAAACGUCCAGUAGUUUUUAAGUAUUGCUAUAAAAAAAGCGAAAUAACGAAGAUGUCUAGUCAAACUGGUAACGUCCAUAUGCCACAAUUUAGUCAGUGUAGUUGGUUUAUAAAUAAUUUUGUAUGGAGAAAAUAGUACUAUGUUAUUAUAAUAUCAGUAAGAAUGGUGGUAAUAAUAAUAAUAAUAAUAAUAAUAAUAAUAAUAAUAAUAAUAAUAAUAAUAACAAGUAGAAUUAUAGUAAUAAUAGCAAUAAUGAAAAAUAUAGUGUGGAUCAGAAGAUUGAUAAUAAAAUUGACUUUAAAUGAGGAAAAUAUUGUUGGAAACGAAAGAGGACAAAAUUUUUGUUAAGAUGAAGAUAAAAAAAGUAGUGUGAAAUUAAGACAAGUAUUAGUAUUCUGAAAUAGCUAUUCGCAUCGUUGUUACCAUACGCUGUAAGCUAUUGGCAGGGAGUAUGAUGAAAACGACAUCUGACAACUACGUUAAAUCAUGUUCUAGAAUCGUAAAGGAGAUAAAAACGUCUGUAUAAAGAAUAAUAAAUCAACAAAUUAAAAAUUUAUAAUAGUUGACGUAAAAAAGUGCAAUAAUCAAUUUAAAGACAGAAAAACACAUGAGUGUGAAAAAAUCGUAAAUUUGACUUCGCAACCUCCAUGUGGUACGCUUUGGUUAACGUUUAUUUCGUGGUUAA